UGUCAAAUAGUCUCAGUAAAUAAACAUACACACUCUGGGAUCGCGGAAUACAAGCGUCUAGUGGGAGAGCAGACGAUAAGUGGAUUUUCUCUUGCGUCGGUACUGUAGGCUCGUUAGUUAUGGUGCGAGAGUCAAUGGAGAAGGUGUAUAUUAGCGUGUGCGUUCUUGUGGUGUGUGCAGUGUUUGUGGCUGGACCUUCCGAUGGCAGCAUGAUGGACCCAGCCUCUAGCAAUGGCCGCAUUUCAACAGAAUACAACACAAAUGCAGGUUUGGAUGGCAAAGUAACACGUGUAGUCACCGAAAGCAGUAUUAUGAGCAGGAAGCAAAUGUCUGAAAAAAUGGAACGAGGUCUAGUAGUUGAAAAUCGUGACAAGGUAGAUGUAAAUAUUACAGAUGGAAAGAAGUUGAGUGCAGAAACUUUCCUUAAUGGUAUCACCUCUACUAUGAUUAAAGGGGCAACUCUGGACGAGGACAGAGUUGAAAGUCAGACUCUGGUAAGAGGACAUACCGUUGAUAACAGUAACACAGGUGUGAAGAAUCUUGAGUCAACUACCGCCAAUUAUAUCGCAGACAACGAAAAUGAAAAUAAAGUGAAAUACACAGCAGCCAAUGAUUUCAGAGGUUAUGAGAUACAGGAAGUAAACAAUGAUACUGAAAUAGUACGUGUAGCGGGCAACACUGGUAUCGAUAAGCCAAUGGAAUUAGUUGUUAACAAUAACAGCAGUUCGAGAGAUGUGACUCAGUUGCAGGCAGACAAUGUUGACAGUACUACUAGAAAAGAGAAAGGGCUACCGAUGACAACUACCGAUAUACAAAUAUUUAAUAAACAAAAUAACAGAAACAAAAGAAACGGCAACAGUAUUGAUGAUGAAAAUAUUAUUGAAUCAGAAACUGAGGAGAUGGGAAGUAAAAAUAUUAUGAACAAAGAAUAUAAUCUGCAUAUAAAUUCAACAAUGGCAUGCAACAAAUUACUUAGCGUAGUUAUUACAAAAUGGCAAAUGCUUGCAAACGGAAGUCUUUUAUCUUUGGAUGAUAUUCCUGUUUCAUAUCCGCCAGAAUUAAUCUGGGAAGACGUUCGCGAGGAUAAUGUUACUGAAGUCAGGGGUUGCAUAUGUGAAUUAAGGAACUGCAUACGGAAAUGUUGUCCAGAAGGGCAGACAAUAUUAGCAGAUGGCACAUGCGUUGAUAGCAACUUAACUUUAUUACACCCGUUUUCGCCACAAUUCAAAGAUGAAAACAACAGAAGUGUUACAAAUAUGGAUGUAUAUAAGUUACAUGGCAACCCCUGUCAACAUGGAGUUUAUCGUCUCGAUGAUGAAAGUGAUGAAUUCACACUUACUCCGACCGGGGUACUAAAUGUACCAGGAGAAGGUAACUUCACAGCAGCAGAAUACUGCAUCGAAGCUUUCGAAAAUCCUGAAAAAAUUUUACCACUGUUGUGUUUCGAGGACGAUGACGAAAGUGCGGAAGAAACUGAAGGAACCGGCAUGUUGUACGCUGUUGGAAUGAUCAUCUCUGUACCUUUCCUGUUUGCGACAUUUCUUGUGUAUGCAAUGAUCCAAGAACUCAGAAACCUUCAUGGAAAAAGCCUCAUGUGUCAUGUGAGCACUCUGCUCACAGGAUAUUUGUUCCUCGCCAUCGUUCAGCUCGGAGGCACGGGUCUCUCAAACGCAUUUUGCAUAUUCUGCGCUUUCACUAUCUUCUUUGCCUUCCACGCAAGUUUCUUCUGGCUGAACGUGAUGUGUUUUGACAUCUGGUGGACGUUCAGUGGUUUGCGGCCUAUCCAUGGAUCUGUAAAGGAGCGCGAACACAAAAAGUUCAUCAUGUACUCCAUCUACGCGUGGGGAGCUCCCUUUAUCAUGCUACUCGUGUGUAUGAUGUUGGAUCUAGUGCCUGGCAUACCCGACGAGUAUAUCAAGCCCGGCUUCGGCGUUACAAAAUGCUGGUUCGGAUCUGAUACUGCUGUCUUGGCAUACUUUUAUGGCCCCAUUGGAUUUCUAGUCCUGUGCAAUAUCAUUCUGUUCAUUACAACUGCUAUGAAGAUUAUGAAACUGAAAAGGGAGACUAGAAUGCUACAAGGAGAAGAGAGCAAACGACAUGACAAUGAAGCAGACAAACAAAGAUUCAACCUGUACCUGAAAUUAUUCAUUGUCAUGGGAGUAAACUGGGUAAUGGAGCUCAUCUCUUGGGCUGCUGGUGGGCCAGAAUAUCUUUGGUAUUUAACUGAUCUUGGAAAUACUCUUCAAGGAGUACUUAUUUUCAUCAUAUUUGUUUGGAAAAGAAAGAUUCUUCGUCUCUUAAUACGAAGAUUCCGCAAAAGGUCUUCAGGAUCGCCAUUUAGCAGCACGACAUAUCGACCAACAACAUCAUAUACUUCCACAUACAGUUCCACUAAUGAUCAGUUUCACAUGAAACCAACUGGAACACACUGUACCAGUGAUGUGCCUUGAUCAGUCUAGUCUCAGCCAGAGAUGUAACCGUGUACCACUUACAUCUCUGAUGCCAUUACUGCUACUGGAGGUAAACUUCAAAGAUAGGCUGGGAGGAAUGCUUCAAAGAAGGAGAUGAGCGUAACCUAUUGCGUCCAAGAUAAAGGGUCUUGAAACUGGAAACAUCUAUAGAAAUAAAUUUUUAUAUAUUUAUUACAGAAAAUUGGCCUUAAAUUUGAAUUAGAAUCAUACUUGUACUUAUUAUUCCAAAUUCUCAAAGAAGUAUUAUUGAACAUUAUGUCAGAACAUCUUGAAAUGAAAUAAGGUGAUUGCUUUGUGACACUUUUGACAUCAGAUCAUUGCUAUGGUUAUCUAGUUAAGGAAGACAGAUUAAAGUAUCUGUUACACCAGUGUUAUAACUAGAUAUGAUUGCAUACUGCGGUCAGAUGAAAUCAAGCAUUAUAUAAGCGUGUUUAUGAAACUUUGCACUGUUAAGUACUUUGACAUUUCCUGGCUAUUCAUGUUGAACCAGAAUUUGUUUCUUGUUUCCUUAUUAGAUAUUUCUUUAGUUGAAAUGAAAAUGAAGACAAACACUGUGCAAAGCAAACUUGGGGAAUUUUGUAGUUAGUGAAAAAGGGAAUCUCUUGAAACAAAAUAUUUCAUUAAGAGAACCUAUUUUAGAAGAGACUUGAGAUGAAUUGGUAUAAUACAAAGGCUUAGGUUUCAAACAGAGAAUAUUUGGCACUUUAUAACAAACAUCUCAUAUUUUAAAACUUUUUCUUACGUAAUUUGAUAAUUUAACUUUCCUGCUUGUUCCUAUGCUUGAAAACACAAAAAGUUAGAAGUAGAUAGUGUGGACACUGGAUGCACCGUAAUACUGUCUAACAGAAUGCAGUCCUGAUAUACUGCCAGAUAAGUGUUCGAGUUCAACCACAGUCUUUCUUUGACUGUGUAAAUGAGCUAAUACAGUUGACAUUUCCCAACAUAAUGGACAAGCAUUCACCAGAAAAAAAUGUGUCCUGCUUUUUGUGUGCAAUUUAUCUUCCACAGACAAGUCUCAGAGUGCCAACUUCUGCUCCUAAGGGUGUCUCAAUCUUGAGAAUGUACUUCUAGAUGUGACUGUUUCAACUUUUCACCAUUAUGUAGCUACGUGUACUUAAAGUAAAUCAUGUGUCAAAAAAUAAAAACAUAAAACUGAAGGUCUCCAUUGAGAUAUCAGUUGAUCACCAAUCCUUGAACCACUGGCAGUGCAGAGUCUGAACACAAGAUUCUAAGUGACUAGUAUUACAGACCACAAUGGUUAACUGUUCUGUUGCUGUGUGAGUACAGGAACUUAUUUCUAAAUCUAAGCUUUCAGUUGAGUUCCAAUGUCAUACAGUUUAACUUCAGCCUUAACCACUUUCAUCUUUUCUAUUCAAUUGACAUGGAACCUGUAGCAUGAAACAUGUUCUUCCAUUAUAUAUUGUUGAACCACCUGGCACUGUAAAACCCAGAUAUUUACAGCAAAACUGGUCACAUCUUCUCUGUCAGAUGCUUGAUGAAAAUAAAAUCAUAAUAAGCAUACUUCAUAUGAUCACAGCAUAAAAACAUUGAAAUGAGUACAAUUAUGUGCUUCCCACUCACAGUUAAGGUAUUUAGUGGUAACACAUACCAGUGCUUCAUAUACUCCAGACCAGAUUUCUUUUAACAAGCACACCUAAACCACUGCUAUUUUUCUUACUGUUCUCUCCAUUUCGUCAGAAAAUUGUUUACUACCUCUUCAACUUACAUCUUUUGAACAGCCACAAAAAUUCAGACACUCAGAGAACAUAAAAACAUGAGCGUGUUUUGUAUCAGUGUGAAAAAAGGUAACAUAAUGUGGAGUUGGCCAAGUGGACACACUAAGUUUAUAUAUUCAGGGUUGUCUGAAAGGGCUCAAAGUUCCUGCUGUGUUUUUAAGUAUAUGUUUCUAAGAUGAAAAAAGCAGUAUCACAAAUGAGUUGCUGACUGUUAAUAAGUUACCACUUUCACCAGAGUUACAGAUGGGUUUCUGUUUUAUUAUGACCCUGAAGUAAUACACUUAACUGCCAAAGUAUAAUUUUAGGAUUUUUAAUGGUAAAGACAAUGUGUUCAUAAUAUCACACAAGAAGAAAUGUAAUCUAAAAUAUGGCAAAUGUUGUACCUGUACUUAAGAAACAUGGGCUUUCACAUAUCAUGUAAUACGUCAUGAAGACUCCAAAAAAUAUAUUUUAAGUUAUGUUUUGUA